GCCAUCGGAUUUCAACAAAAAUAUCUUAAUUUGUGUUACGAAGAUUAACGAAGGUCUUACGUAAAAUGGGCUGUGUCUAUGAUAGACUAUACAGUGUUAUAAUAUUAUUUGCAAAUUUAUUUUUAAGUCAUUAUUCUUGUCCCUGGUUCACAUUAGGGUACUCUUGUAAGAAAGUAGCAGUGGCUGGGACAGACUUUAAGCACCUCCUCUGCUUAUAAAGAUGCAGUCUAAUCCUGUUUACAUGAAAUAAGCCUGUUCAGGAGCAGGUUUAAGCUUGCGGACCUGUUGCUAUGACAGCAAGUCCAGGAUGAGUGUCAAAAAAACGAACAAUCCAAGAUCAUGCUAAAUCGUCAUCAAUCAAAUCCAGCUAACUGAGUUAACCACGUACGAAGAACGGACCCCAGUGGCCUGUUGCAAAAAGUUGGUUUCAGAUGCUACCCAGGGGUGCGUUUCCCGAAAGCAUCGUUGGUGAACUAUGGUCGUAAGUCCCAUUGAACUCUAUUGGUAACGACGGAACUUACGACCAUAGUUCGCUUUGGGAAAUGCACCCCAGGUGAGUUUGAGAUUAGUUUGAGCAAACUCUGGUUUUUCGUGCUCACAACAGUGGAUUGUUUUUUAGCGGGGUUUAUGGUAAUUUGCGUUACACGGCUAACCUGCUCCAGAGCAGGUUUUAUUCUGAGUUAGACAUCCAAACCCAAACUGAACCAAUCAGCUGUGAGUAAAAUGAUGGGUAUUUGAUACUAUAAAGUCACUCCCCCUGUAUCUCUCACUCCAAAUGAAAGGAUUAGUUCACUUUCAAAUGAAAAUUUCCUGAUAAUUUACUCACCCCCAUGUCAUCCAAGAUGUUCAUGUCUUUCUUUGUUCAGUUGAAAAGAAAUGAAGGUUUUUGAUGAAAACAUUCCAGUUUAGUGUGAAAGAAAUGUAGAGACAAAAUUGUUUAUUAUAUUAGGCUAUACAUAUAAUAUAUAAUUAUAUUUAAUUGACAAUAUUAAAAUUUUAUUUUAUAUAUAUAUUAUUAUUAGGCCUAUAUCUUGCUGACAGAGAAUGUUUAUAGCGUAGUGAGCCUUUUGAGCCUGAUCUAAAAAUUAGUUUGGAUUAUAGAUUUGUCAUCUCCAAACCUUCUUUGAAACUCAGUGUUUGUUUAACUAGGGCUGCGUUCAGCCUCGACAAAAUGUUGCAAAACGUUUUUUAAAGGGAAACGGUGGUGCGUUGAACACCCUGUUUCUGAUGAUGCAAGAGUUGCGACUACGGCAGCUGAGAAGGCCAUUCUUUGUGUUCUUUUUGAAGAAUUUCAGAGCCUGAUGAAACCGGUACAAAUACGUGUUUAAAACUGCAAAAUACGCUCAAUGUUACAGUCACUGCCCUUGCCAUUCAGAAUAAAAAAGAACACAUUUGUAAACUACUUUACUUGGACCCAUUAUGCAAGCUGUCUCUUUAAUCCCAUGUCAUAUAUAUACAUGCUGCUGCUGAUUGGGCUGACAUUUUUGACACACCCACCAAACAAGAGAAAACAUAUCUCAAACCCCGUUUCCAGGAAACAUGUCGUUCAACCCGGAAACCGUAGCAAAACGUUGUGCACCGGUUUGAGCUUGAACGUGCCCCAGGUGUGUGAGGGAAAGGUUAAAAAAACCACACCCAUGUGAUCAGAAACUCCACCCUCUUACAACACUCACCUGGAAAAGACUGACUUGUUAUUUCUCUUUUCUGUCAUACUGACUUUAAUGUCUCGACAAAAGCAAUGAGGAAUAAGCAAACAAUGAAGAACGAAUAGGAAAAACUUUCAGGAAGGAUUUGAAGUGUUUGUUCCUGAACAGACAGAAGAUAUUAUUCAUGUUUAAAACCUUGAUUCAGAAAGUGAAAGAGUUUAGAUUUCUGGAGAUCAAACAGUGAAAAUGGCUUCACUAUCUGAAGAUGAUUUGUCUUGUCCUGUGUGUCGUGAAAUCUUCAAUGCUCCUGUUCUUCUGUCAUGUAGUCACAGUUUCUGUAAAGAGUGUCUUCAACAGUUCUGGAGAACCAAGGAAACUCAGGAGUGUCCUGUCUGCAGGAGAGUGUCAAGACACGAGCCUCCAUGUAAUCUUGUGUUAAAAAACUUGUGUGAGUCGUUCCUGAAAGAGAGAAAUGAGAGGCGUUCAUCAGGAUCUGAGGAGAUCUGCAGUUUACACAGUGAGAAACUCAAACUCUUCUGUCUGGAGGACAAACAGCCUGUGUGUUUAGUGUGCAGAGAUUCACAACAACACGAAAAUCAUAAAUUCAGACCCAUCAGUGAAGUGGUUUCAUCAUAUAAGGAGGAGCUCAAUACAGCACUGAAGUCCUUACAAGAGAAACUGAAACACAAUGAAAACAUUAAAGGAGAGUUUGAGAAAACAGUUCAACACAUCAAGUCUCAAGCUGAGCACACAGAGCGUCAGAUUAAACAGCAGUUUGAGAAGCUUCAUCAGUUUCUCAGAGAUGAAGAAGAAGCUACAAUCACUGCACUGAGGGAGGAAGAGGAGCAGAAGAAGCAGUUGAUGAAGGAGAAGCUGGAGGAGAUGAACAGACACAUCUCAGCUCUUUCACACACAAUCAGAGACAUGGAGGAGAUGAUGAAAGACAAUGACGUCUGCUUUCUGAAGGAGUUUCCAGUCUCAAUGGAAAGAGUCCAGAUCUCACAGCCGGAUCCACAGAUGGCUUCUGGAGCUUUGAUUCAUGUGUCACGUUACUUGGGCAACCUGCAGUUCAGAGUCUGGAAGAAGAUGCAGGACAUCGUCCAAAACAUUCCUGUGAUUCUGGAUCCAAACACGGCUCAUCCACAUCUCGACCUGUCUGAUGAUCUGACCAGUGUGAGAUACAGCGGGAUCAAUCAACCUCUUCCUGAUAAUCCAGAGAGAUUUGACUGUUAUCAGUGUGUUCUGGGUUCAGAGGGUUUUAACUCAGGAACACACUGCUGGGAUGUGGAGGUUACAGAGAAUUCAUGGUGGGUUCUUGGAGUAACUACAGCAUCAAACCAGAGGAAGGGACUUGAUUUCUAUAAAACUGAUGUCUGGUGGGUGCAGUAUGGACUUAGUGGGUCUGGUUUUCAUGUUAAACAGAAUCUUGAGCGUGUGAAAGUUGAUCUGGACUAUGACAGAGGAACGGUGUCAUUCUCUGAUCCUGUAACUAACACACAUCUACACACAUUCACAACCACCUUCACUGACACACUCUUUCCGUUCUUUGAAUUUUCUUCCUCUCUGAAAAUCUUACCAGUCAAUAGUCAGUAAUCAUGUUUUUGGUAUUUAAUCCAAAUCACGAGUAAGAGUGCUGUUAAUCUGAAUAUCAGUAAGGCUGUGAUUGGGCCACAGGUGAUCACAUGACUGAUUUCCAGCACUACAGUAACACUCACAGUCUCUUAUUGCUGUUAUACAACAGAUCAAUAAACAAGUAGUUUGAAAGUUUAUUAAUCUAAGAUUAAUCAGUCUGUAAAAUCAUUGUUCAUAAAGUCCAUCCCAUAUUGUCUGCUGAGGUGAAGUUAAUAUCAAAUUACUAAUUUUAGUCCCAAUUGUCACGUUUGGGGACGUGUUUUCGGUGUGUGUCUCUCUCUCUCUCUCUCUCUCUCUCUAGACAGGGAAGACUGUUAUGUUUCUUUUUUCUUUCACAUAGGUUAUUUAGAGUCCCUGGGUUUAGUUAAGGACCUGUUUUGUUUACUAUUUUGGCACUACCCAAUCCUGAAGAGAAUUCCUUGUUACUGUAUAGUGACAAAAGAGACCUAAAGAAAAAAAAAAAAUAAAUAAACAAACAUGCUCACUGUAA